AUGAGCCAGCCAUCUCAAAAGCAUCACAAAAUUGCUGCACAGAAAGAUUUCAAAAAAGAAAGGAAUAUUAGAGCAAUGAAUGAAGCCCAAGCUUUUAUUCAAGCAAAAAAAAAGAUUUCUCCAACAGAAACAAUUAAAAAUAUAAUUCAGGGAAUCCCAUAUCAUGAAAUUUCAGAAUCGCUAUUUAAUGAUCCAGAAACUCUUCAAUCUGCUUUAGAAUCGAUUUCUUCUGCAAUAGAACAUUAUGAUCAAUUUUAUUCAAUAGAUCAAUUAAAGACUGCAAUUAAUGAAGCAAUUGACUCCAAAAUUUCACUUUUUGAAACACAAGAAUUGCAAUUGAAUUGUGAAUUGUGGAAAGAAGCAAUAUUUUCUUACUUGAGCAUUUUUAAAACAGAAAUUGCCGAAUCUUUAAAGGAUUUCUGAAUAAAUAUUAUGAGUUCAUCUCAAAAGUAUCCAUCAAUUCCUCAAAGGUCAUUUCAAAAUCUUCAUUCCAAGAUUAUCGAAGAAAUAGAGCAUUUAAAACCCUCAAAUCCUGGUUUUUCAGCAGAAGAAAUUUGCAUAAUUGAAGAUAAAGAAGGAUGUAAUGGAGCAUUUUGCGAUUCUCUUGAAUCUAUUGAAAAAAAUGCAUGUUUCAGCAAUAAAAUGGAAUGUACUAGCAGAUGCUUAUGCAAAGAAGAAACUUGCCUAAAUCGCUCAAUAUCUAAAAACAGACGAAAAUACAUUAAAGAUGUGGAUGUGAUAGAAAUGCCAGCUUUUGGAUUUGAUAAAAGAACAGCCCAGAUAAUUUUACAAAUAAUUGGAAAAUCUAUAGAUGCGAAAAGAUUUCUUAAUGUUUCUAUGCCAAUUGCAAUAAAUUGGGCAGCAAAUCAAAUAAAUGACAGCUUUAAACACAUUUUACAAGGCAUAAUGACUGAAGAAAUUUUUAAUCUGAAUGAUAAAUAUUUUUCUAAAGCUUUAUAUAACUCGAUUGAAGCCUUAGGUGAAAUAUAUGGGCAUGAUAUUAUUUUAAAGGAAUUCACCAUCCAUCAAAAAGGUUAUGGAAUCUUUUGCAACACCUCUCAAGGAAUCCCGAAAAAUGCCUUUUUGGGGGAAUACGCAGGCCAAAUAUAUUCGGCAGGAGAAUUUUAUGAAAAAGACCUUGCAAUCCAAAAUAGUAAAAAUAAAAUCCAACCUGCAAACUCUACCAAUGAAUCAUCCAAUUUUUAUACAGUUGAGCUGGAAAGAAACAAAAAUGAUAUAAAAGGCUAUUCUGUUUUUUUUGUGGAUCCUAUACCAAGAGGAAAUUGAACUUGCAAAAUUAAUCACUCUUGCUACCCAAAUUGCGAAGCAAGAACAGUGAUUGCAAAUGGCAGGUAUACAAUCGGUCUCUAUACAAUAAGAAGAAUAAAGUCAUUGGAAGAAUUAACAUGGAACUAUUCCUCAUGCACAGAUCAGAUUGAAGAGUAUAAAAACAGUAUUUGCUUAUGCUCAAAAACUAAUUGUUCUGGAUACUAUCUCAUUAACCCUUCAAAAACAGAUAUUUGUCUACCCCUUGCUGGAAAAAUAUGUGCUCUCUUAUUUUCAAGUUCAGCCAAAAUUACCUCUGAUGAAAUUCAAUACAUAGAGCAAUUUAAUCUUGAUAAAUCUCUGAUGCAUGAAAUUCCAGAGUGAUUAAAGUGCUGAACCUAUACAACACUUAACUAUAUCACAUCCUAUAUUGAGUUAAGGAAAAAUGACGCUCUAAGCAAUUUAAAAGCAAAAAUUGAAGCCAAAUUGAGUAGCGAACUUGAAAAAAUAGACUUAUUAAAGGAUUCAUUAAUAAAAGAGUUAACUAUUUCUUUAUCCCGGGCAAGAUAUUUGCUAACUCCCCCCCCCCCCCUCCGUGAGCGAACAAAAAAAUUUUGUUCGCUCACGGAGGGGGGUUAAUUUUUUUUUUUUAAAAAAAAUUUUAUAUAUAAAUUUUAUAAAAAAUAUUUUUUUUCGAAAUUUAAAAAAAUCCUAAUUUGCAAAAAUUGGGAAGCAAAUAUUAAUUUAAUUUGCAAAAUUUAUGUUUUUAAAACGCAAUUUGUUUAAAAUUAAACAGAAUUAGCUCUAGAUUUCAUUAUACUAAUUAUCACUUAUAUAUCAAAAUUUUUUUCCAUUAAAAUUUUUUCUAUUAAAAAAAUUUUUGUUCACUCACGGAGGGUGGGUUUUUGGUCAAAAAAUGGCGAUUUUUCUAAUGGUUUUGUUCGCUCACGGAGGGGGGGGGGGGAGUAAGUAAUAUCCCUGAUUCAAAUAUGCCUCCGAUCUGCAUCCUCACAGAAAUUGAAGUCUUGAAUUAUUUAUGGGGUGAUGACUGCAAUUCUAUUAAAAAUCAGCUAAAUACCUUAUUUGAAAAUGAUAUAAGCGUUAAAGUUCAAAAUUUGACCAAAAAGCCCAUCAACAACUUAAAUGAAGCGAGAACAGAACUCUUGAAAAUAAAAGACCAUUUGAAAGAAAACCAAUCCAACAAUUGAAUUUAUAAAGGUAUUGCAGAUAUUUUACAUUUGACUGCCUACAACCAAUUAUUUUUCAGAUUUAAUGCUUAUCAAUCGUUUACUUCAAAGAAUAUCAGGCUUAAAAAUUGUGAACUUUAUAAUUUUGAAUGCAGUGAAUAUUAUGAAGAAGAAUCAAAUUUCGAAUACGAUGGCGAGCACUUGCAUAGAUUGCUUGCUGGGUGGAAUUCGCGCGAUUAUGCUGCGAAUAAAAGUAUUAUGUUUAAUGGCUUAAAAGGGCCUCUCUUGCUCCCAUCAAUCCAAAACUCUCAACCUUCAUUUUACAACGAAAUAUCGCGGAUCAAAUUUUUAAAUAAAAUAUUUGAAGCUCCCUUAGUUUCAUGGAGUGAAUAUGAGGAAGCAAAUUUAUUUAUAUUUGAUGAGGAAGCAAAAGUCUUUGGAACACCUAUGUUCUAUGACUACGUUAACAAAAAUAUUUCUGUGCUUAAUGUAUGCUUUCAGGAUUUGGACGUCCAAUGAAACUUAAUUUCACUUAGUACUUAG